GUGAACGCCUUGUAUGCGGCUUUCGAGUGAGACAGAGCUGAACUGAAGGCUGCAGAGAAAAACGGAACGGUAACAAAUCCCGUGAUCUAGCCGCUGUAUUCUCACUUUGUACCGGCUGUUGGUGUGUGUGGAGACCGGAAUGAUGGCUAACCGCUCUCUGUGGUCACUGUGCCUGCUGCUGGCGCUGCUGCUGCCGCUGGAAGUCCUGUCUCAGGACUUGAACCUGGCUGAUGCCCUGGAUGAUGACAGUAAACCAGUGAGUCCUUCCCCAAAGCCACCAAAACCAGCAGCACCAGGCGGGGGAACAGGAGGAGGAGACUUUAAUCUAGAGGAUAUACUCAGUACCGACGGCACCACCACCACUACCACCAAAGUCCCACCCAAGGUUGUGCCCAAAGUCCCCGCAGGUACCAAGGCCCCAGUCAAGCCCAAUCCCAAGCCAGCUGCCGAUGACUUUGACCUGGCUGAUGCCUUGGACCCCAACAAUGACAUUGGUGGCAAGGAUAAGAACAAGGGGCAGGGAGGUGGAUUUAGUGAUGAUGAUCUGUUUGGUGUUGCUAAAGAUGGUAACUACAAACCUGACAAAGGCAAAGGUGACCGUCCAAGUGGUGGUGAUCAAAAUUACCAUGAUGAUACCAAUGAGCCGGCUGCAGAAGUGGGCACCAUUGCAGGGAUUGCUAGUGCAGUUGCUAUGGCGCUGGUGGGUGCAAUCAGCAGCUACAUCUCCUACCAGAAGAAGAAGCUGUGCUUCGGUAUACAACAGAGCCUGAAUGCUGAAAUGGUGAAGGCUGAGAACCCCGAGGCUGUGGUGGCUACAGAACCACAAGUCCAACAGACUCUUCUGGAGCCACCCAAUGCUGAACCUCCCUCUGCAGAGAAUACUGUGUAACACACACACUCAGACAUACACACACAAAGGUCACCCACCUACAUGCGCUCUUUCCCAAACACCCCCCCCACCUACCUAAUCCCCAUGCACACACACAGACACACACACAUACACACACACACAUACACUCACACAUGCUACAGGAUAGACCCUCUGUUGUGUAGCAUGUCCUUGUUGAUCCUGCAGCUCAGUGCUGCAGAAGUUGGGAUUUGUAGUCCUUCUGCGCUGAAUGUGAACAGAUUUUUUUUAAUUCUCUGCUAUAAACAUGGCCGACAGUGUAUCAAACCUUGCCAAAUGUAUGUGUACAUAGUUAUUUAUUGUUUACUAUUUGAACACCACUAACAAUGUUGAUAUACAGUUAUCCAGCCUUUAGCAUGUACUCCAGGGUUUCUCUGCUGUGAGCUGGGGCUUUAGUCGUAGCAUUUUGCUGAGCUCCAGACUCAGACUAGUGAAGCUGGAUUAUUGGGAAAAAAGGCAGUUAAUUGUAUUAUAUGUUGGAGAAAGAAACUCCUCUGGGAAUCUCUGGGUGUGUCGAACCUCUUUGAGUUCACAGGAGGUCAGUCAGUGUUGAGUGUACUGGAUUUCAGGUGGAUUAGUUAGCUAAUUGAUUGAAGUGUGAGACACUGAUGGACUCACAGUAUGAUUCCAGCUGAGCUUCAGGUGAACCAGGGAGCGCUGUGAGACACACCCAGUGUUUCUUCUUCUUUUCUUUUAGAUGGAUGAAAGUUGUGAAUUGCAAUCAGCAAUAUUUCAUUUCCUGACUUUGAAUGGUAUACAACCGUUUACCCCCCUUUGACACAUAGCCUGACUGUUUCUUUGUGGCAAUUCAUUGAUGUUACUUUUGUAAAUGAUGGACAUCCAAUUUCAACUGGAGCAACACGUAAAUGAAAAAUGUGACAAUAUUCCACAGAUUUCUAUUCAAAGCUUUGUAGCAACUGAUUAUGUAAUCACUUUUGAAAUGUUGUGAUAAGAUGUGUAAAUGGUCAGAUAAGGUAGUCAGCCUUUAUCACAGUGGCCAGUUAAUGUUAAAGGCAAACUAAAGGCAAGGCACAUACUCAUUCUACAGAAGCUGAGAAGGGACAUGCUAUUAAUUUCUUCUGUCUUAAUGAUGUCAUCUUGAGAUCAGGAUUUAAUUGUUCUGGUAUCUAUCUGGUAUUCUAAUGACAACAAGUUAAUUUAUGUUGAUUCAACGGUACAGUUGACUGUAAUAUACUUAACCUGUGAUCUCAAGAAAACUAAAGGCCAAAUUUUAUAGAUAAUUUAUCAUGAGAGAAUGACUUUAGUUUUCUCAUGAUUACAGGAUAAUUAUGGAAACAACAGCUGACCUGACCGCAGCAUUAUUAUCUUGUGAUCUUGAGGGGAAAAAAAGUUUUAUCAUUAUAAAUUAUUUUGUUAUCUUAACAAUCUUUUUUUUUUUUUUUUGAGAAUCGGCAUAAAUUAAGUAGUUAUCACAAGAAAACACUCUUUGUUAUCUCAAGGUACCAAAAAUAAUUAGCUUGCAAUCUUAAGAUUACAGCAAUGAAGUAAAAAAAUGCAAGCUUGGCCGUUUUUGGCUUCCGCACCUGGAACUGAAGUUACAUCAUGAAAUAAAAAUUAUUAGGUUUUAAUCAGCGUUUAUGAUAAUAAUGCUGUUUAAUACGUUAAUAUUCAUUAAAUGAAAUUUCCCAAGAGGUUUACUUACAUUUUGACCCACAUGCAACACGUGUUGCCCUUAAAUGGGCUCCACUAUUAACUAUUAAGUCCAUUAUUAUGACAUGGCUAAUAGAACCGGACUUACUACAGGUAACUACUAUUUACAUAGCGUGAUAGAUACAUCAUUAGUUGCUACACUGUCCUCAUGUUGUCCAUCUUGAUGUACAAAGAUGCCUUAUUCAGAUUUGGAUCUUUUUGCUGUGGGGAAACAAAAUAAGGCAUCCAAACAUUUCCGUCUACUUACAACCUGUGAAUUUUUAUAGUGUAAAUAUAUUUCAGGUUUUUUUUCAACUAGCCUUUAAUGACAAUGCCUAAUGAAGGGAGCCUGGCUUGGUUUUCCAAAGUGGUGAUGGUGAAAUAAUUGUGAUGAAUAGCCGUCAGUGAGCCACCCAGCAGCUUCUUUAUGUAAAGGACUGUAAGGUUGGAGUUCAAAAGAAAAAUUAAGUUCAGAAGAAAAGUUUUUUCACCAUACUUGUAGCAUAAAAGUGAUGCUAGCUAAAUCAGUUCCACUGCAGUUAGAGCUUAAAAAUGCAUAGCACAUACUUCUUUUUCUCUGUUCAUUUGGAAGGGAUCUUCUUCAGUAGGAAGCUGUUAGAAAAAAUGAAAGCCUCAGCACUUUGUUUCCAGAAAAAGCAGGCUGUGACGAGGCUCGUGGACAGGCAGAUAAUCUGUGAAAUGUGACUUUUUGUUGAAGGUACAGUUGCUACAUUCAGAAGCUAAUAUCAUUUGUGCUGUUUUAUUGUCUUGGCAAUAAGGUGCCAGUGUGUGCAGAAGAACUCUGGAUUGCUCUUUAUUCCAUGGUGGCCAUUUUAAUUGUACAUUGUUGUGAUGAGUUCUAUGGGAAGGAUGUGUGUGUAAAAGUAGUACUAUGUCAACACAAACAGAUAAUAGAUUGUGUGGACCAGAUAGUUAUUAGCCCAAGUAUACACUGAUAAAAACAAACAAGGAAAUCUUGUGGAGUUUUUCUGUUAAGUUAACAUCUAGUUUUUCUGAAACAUGUCACCAUGAAGCCUAACAAACUUGUUAAAUGCAUCAUCAUAAAACAUAAGCUAUUUUUUGG